AUGUCGAACACUGAGCAGAGGCCCUUUGUACCAGCUAAGAAGCUCGAUACCGAGUUUCCUCUCAUCGACAGUGACCCACAUUUUAAACGAGUCUUCGGAUAUGCGCGCAAAUCGGACUAUGUGGCAGGAGCAGUGACAGCAGCGCUGGGGCCGGGCAUGAUGCUGACCUGGGAGAGGAUUGCGCCGUCCUUGGUCGGAAAGGGAGGAUUCGCACCCAUUAUGCGUCUUUCGGGGGCAAUUGGAAUAAGUGCUGGAUUCUUGAUGUUCUACCAACGAUCGAUACUGCGAUUCUACGGCUUCACAGAGAAUUCCCGGGAAAUAGAGAUGGAUAUGAAGGAGAUGGUUGCCAAAGUGAAGAAGGGAGAGCCGCUAUACGGUGUCACCACGAUGACCCCGUAUAUUCAGGGUAUGGCCAGCAGAAACUCGAGGUACUCGGGUGUAUGGCUGCAUGUGAUCCCCUGGUUCAACUUCGUGAACCACAACCAACACGGUGUCGAUACGGCGAAAUAUUACCAGCAAGCCGAGCGUGAAUUAGCGGCCGAGGGGAAAUAG